AUGUCAUCCCAAGCACCAUCUGUCACUCAGCCAAUACCACCUACUCAAAAUUAUGACUCGUGGUCUAGAGAAGAGCUCAUCGCACGUUUGAACGAGCUCGAAACUCAGGCGCAGGCGCACACGCCACAGAAUACUACUACCUCGGACCCUCACAAACCUUUACCUCCGCCUGAGCAUCCCUCUUCCCAUUCUACUCAUCCUCCACCCCGUCCCUCUCACACUCACCCCCCAAUUCCCGUCGCUGGCCCCAUCCCCGCCUCCACCUCCACACCACCCAACCCCCCUCCCCCCACCAACCAACCCCCCAAAAAAUUCUCAUUCACCUCCCACCCCACCCUCAAAAUCGCCCUCAAAUUCUCCUACCACGGCGCCCCCUACAACGGCCUCGCCUACCAACUCACACCCACGCCCCUCCCCACAGUCGAACAGGUCCUCUUCGACGCGCUCGCGAAGGCGAAACUGGUCGAUGGGGAGAUGGGGUUCGAAGGGUGUGGGUGGGAGAGGUGUGGGAGGACGGAUAGGGGGGUUAGUGCGGCGGGGCAGGUGGUUAGUGUUUGGGUUAGGGCGGGGAGGGCUGUGGGUGGGGAGGGAGGAGAGGGAGAGGGAGUGGUUAUGGGGAGGGAGGCGGUGGAGGAUGGGAAUGUGAAGGGGAGGGAGGGGGGUGAUGGAGGUGUGUUGGAAGGUGUAGAGGGCUCGAAUUCGACAGGCACUCUACAAGCAGGAACUACGUCUACGUCUACGCACUCCGUACCCGUAAAGCCACUACGCUACAUGAAGACAUUGAAUCGGCUGCUUCCGCCUACGAUCCGGGUGCAUGCCUGGUCGCCCGUCGAUGCGGAUUUUUCUUCGAGGUUUAAUUGCCAGUAUAGACACUACAAAUACUUCUUCACGAACUCGUCCUUCGACAUCUUUCCCUCUGCUUCCUCCUCAUCCUCCUCAUCUGCACCCACACCCGGCCCCUCACCCCCACCCACACCCGCAAAUCCAACCAUGAACGAAGCCCCAGUCCCGCACGGCGUCGAGCUCGACAUCGCUCGGAUGCAAGAAGCCGCCGCACGACUCGUGGGCACGCACGAUUUCAGGAACCUGUGUAAACUGGACGCGGGAAAACAGAUCGAGGUGUUUGAGCGUACGAUCUUGAGCGCUACCGUCUCUUCGCUCUCGUCUGCUCUCACUUCGUCGCCUGCUCCUCCAUCGUCCUCCUCCUCCUCCUCCUCCUCCUCCUCUUCUUCAUCCCCUCCAACUCCUCCAACUCCUCCAGCUUCAGUGGCGGUGGGCCCAGCUUCAGUGGCGGUGGGCCCAGCUUCAGCAGCUGUAGGAACCGGGAACGGACUGGGAAUGUACGUCUUCGACCUCGUCGGGACUGCGUUCCUGUAUCAUCAAGUCCGCCAUAUUAUGGCCAUUCUGUUCCUCGUCGGUACAGGCCUCGAGUCACCGGCGCUCGUCACUCGUCUGUUGCAUGCUACGCCUGAGUCCCCGGAUGCGGAUGCGGUGGCUGCGAUGGCGGGGGCGAGAGCAGGAGCAGUGGAAGGAGCAGGGGAGGGAGCAGGGGCAGGAGGAGGAAGAGGAGGAGGAUGGGAGGUCGUGGAUCGGAAGCCGGAGUAUCAGAUGGCGGACGGCCUACCGUUGAUGCUAUGGGAUUGUGCGUUCAAAGACGGGGAUGUGAAGUGGAGGACGGACGACGAUGAUCGAUCAUUGCUCGUUCAAAGUGGUAAAGCGGGCAAGAAUGGAGGAAAGAAAGAGAAGGGAGGAGGAGGAAAGAAAGAGAAGGAAGAGGAGGACGCGCAUGGGCUGCAUGGGCAGAUGGCGGCGGUACUCGAGAGGUCGGUCGUCAAUACGACGUUGGAGGCGCAUUUUUUGCUUGCUGCGAUGCGAUUUCCGUUUAAUCGGCCUGGGGCGAGUCCGUUCCCUCUCGACUUGCAUGGCGAGGAAGUGAAAGAGAGGGUGAAGAGGAUGGGAGAGGAGGGUGUGAUGAUGAAUAUUCCGUUGGGUGGAGGGACGUAUAAGAGGGUGGGGAAGUACGUGCCGGUGUUGGAGAGGAAUAGGUUGGAUAGUGUGGAGGUUGCGAAUGAGAGGUGGAGGGUCGGGAAGGGGAUGAGGAGGAUGGAGAGGAGGAGGGCUGGUGUGGCGGAGGAUGAGGGUGGCGAGGAAUAGGGGUAAACUGUCAUGGAGGAUCGGCCUUCGAAAGAUGGGCUUCCAUCGCGAGAAUUAUGAUGAUAGCUUGGAGCAUGGCAGGUUAUAAAACGCGACGCUCGCCACACCGUCCCUCAUACCGGUGCCCUCGGCUUUAUAGUACCCAUCCCACCGCCUGCAAUCGCAGCUGUAUAUCGUGUCGCCAUCUGCUCUAUCCCUCAAAUCAUCACGCACGAGGCAGGCUAAGAAACUCUCACAGCUCAGAGGGCGGUGGUCUGAUAGGCUGUUGGACGCGAAAGAACCGAGAUCAUACGGGCGGAAGAUUUCAUAGAGCUGCUUACAACGGCCGUGCUGCUGGCCCUGCAGCUCUGGCAAGUGACUGCUGGUGAUUCUGCGCGGCAGGUCGCGCGAUAGAAUACGAUAAGCGGGGGCCCCAAAUGCGAAACUUGGCGCGCGUCCUAUCUCCCAUUUGUACCCGGGGCUCGAAUGCGAAGGGACAUUAUUUUCCAGCUUACAAACAAUACAAGAGGACGUGCAAGAGCGAGUGCGAGUACUUACAGCGACGACCCGAGCAGAGUUGCGAGUUGUGGCGCCCCCGGCCCAGCCGGCGUGGGACGGACCGUGCAAGGGGAGGGCACGGAAGGAGAGCCGGCCGCACAGGCUCACGUCAUCGGCGUUCGGCGUUGGAUGACGCGUGUUGAGCGGUGGCCCGUGCGCGGCGUGCGCCGGUUGAUUUCGCACGGUCCGACGCCCAGCCAAAACUGGCGGGGGGCGCUCCCAGCCCAGCUCAGCCACCCCAGCAAGCCUUACCGCCAGCCAGCCAACGCCUGCCACCUCCCCUAGCAGUGUGAGCCUUUUCCCUGCCAGGCCCUCUACUACUGCACUUUGCUUUUUCGUCUGCUCCCUCGUCGUCCCCCAUAACAAAGCUUUAUAUACGACACCCACAAGAUGCCUAAAGACGCUACCAAAUCCAAGGAACGCAAGACGGCCACUAAGGCUAGCUCGAAGCCCCGCGCAACAAAGGCAAAGAAGGACAAGAACGCACCAAAGAGGGCGUUGUCCGCGUACAUGUUCUUCAGCCAGGACUGGAGAGAGAGGAUCAAGGCUGAGAACCCGGACGCUUCGUUCGGUGAGGUCGGCAAGCUUUUGGGCGCAAAGUGGAAGGAACUCGAUGAGUCUGAGAAGAAGCCUUAUGUCGAGCAGGCCGCGCAAGAUAAACUGCGCGCAGAGCAGGAGAAGGCAGAAUACGAUGGCAAGAAGGCGAGUCCCGACGAGGACGACGAGGAGUAGAUCUCCUUCGCACUCGCAGCGUAUUCAUCCCAUCAUCCCCAUUUGACCGUCACUCGCCUUCAUCUGUGGUUUCAUCUCUCUCGUCUCGUCUCUCGCCUCGCGUCUCACUACUCUCACUUCACCUUCACACUGUGUUUAUAUUCUCAUUUUGCACCUCUACCCACCCUUCCUUCCGUACAUAUAACAUAACGACGACCCCUCCACCCCCCUUAUUCCGAUCCGUUUCCCAUUGCGCGUUUCGUUUGAUGUGUCUGUGAGGCCUCUCUGUUAUAACUCCUCUUUUUCGUGAUUGUGAUCGUGAUCGUUUGUGUCUUUGAGUGUUCGGUUUGUGUAACUUAUGUCGUUGCGAACUUGCACGUACCUACCCCCAGCCCUGUGUUAGUGUUCGGUGUUCGGUGUUCGGUGUUCGGUUGUGUUUUAUGUCUAUCUC